AACAAAAAAGCGUUCCUGAAUUCCUGAAUUUCCUGACAGUGUUCAAUAGUUCAAUAAUCAUAUCAAAGCUCUCAUACUUCAAUUUAAUGUACCUUUAAUCUUGAUGAAUCGCACUUAUUUAAUUUUUCUUCAGUAGUAGUGAAAAUGAGCUAUUCGAAUUUUUACAGUAAUUUCAAAGGUGGCAACAGUAAAACAAGCGGAGGCAGCCUCUUCGUGAAGGAUGAAAAACCAAAUGUUAAUUAUCGGAGGAAGUACAUGAGAAUGAAAAGGCUCGUCAAAGCGUAUCUCUUUGAGAAUGCUGCUCUCUGUGAUCAUGUAGCUCAAACUCAAGAAAAGAUUUUAGUUGCCAAAGAGGAACGGAAUUUUCUGCUUAAAAAAUUGGAGCAGCAUCAGACACUCAGAGCCAAUCUUGAAAAUCGAUUUGGGAACUUAAGAACUGCCAGCCCACUAUCAGAUCGAAGUGGUGUAGCCCCUAAACGACCAGGCACCAAGAAAAGAACUAAUUCGGAUGCUAUUGACAAUGGUAAGAUGGGUCCUGGAAAACCUAAGCGAAUGUUGAUGGCCGUGAAAAAGUGCAAACUUCCUCAGCAAAUUGCGCUUGACUCAGCAGGAAGACCAAUAUUCCCUAUCGCACUUGGUAACCUAACUGUUUACAGUUUAGGAGAGGUAAUUUACACAAAACCGACAUUCCACUCAGAAGAAACUGUGUAUCCAGUCGGAUUUGUCUCAACACGAGAAUAUACCAGCAUCUUCAGUUCUGAGGCGACUUGCACUUAUACCUGUAAAGUCUCUGAUGGCGGAAUGUUUCCAAGGUUCGAAAUAUCAUCAGAAACAGACUUAGACAUACCAAUCGUUGGCCAGUCACCUGACGAGUGUCAUUCAAAACUCCUGGCCCUCCUAAGACAAAACCUAGGAAUACAUUUAGUUAAUCUUCUACCUAGAGGGGCAGAUUUUUUCGGAUUUUCUCACCCGUGUAUCCUCAACCUUCUACAAAGCUUCCCAAACACACGCAAGUGCAGUAGAUAUAUUUUCACUAAAUUUGAGCCCUGUCGAAGUGGUGAGGUCAAUGAUCCAACUGAGAAUAAUCCAUCGAUUAGUCACACAGCUCUGCAAAGAAGCAUAAUUUACUCCAGAAUGAAUUUCAAUUGAAAAUGUGGAAGUGCUCAGAUGAGUGCAAUCGAAUUUUACACCACCACAUUUAGAUCUGUUUAUGGUGAAGUAAAUAGAAUCAUUGGCGGUCCAGCUUAAUCAAAAGCGAGAAGUACACAAGAUGUAUGUCCUACGGAACGAGGCUUUUCAAAUUAGGAGAAGAUCAGGUGAAAUUUUUUUUAUUUUCUACCGAUCUACAAAAUGACAGUUUGGUUUUGAAAGAAUUUUUGUUUGAUUUUUGCCAGUGUCCAAUAUGUACAAAAGAAUAUCCAAUCGUCUCAGCUUGAGUCUGAUAAUAGAUUCAUCCUUAUUGGCUCUUUCCAAUUGGUCAGUGCUUAUAUGAUUGCAUAGUGCAAACAUUACUGAAAAAGACAGCACUGUUUUUUUUAUGAGUUUAUUUAGUUUGAAGUUUUGACUGUGUACAAUUUUCAAAACUUUUUCUUUGAUCGUUUUUUAUAUUCUUAAUCAUCAAACUGAUGAAUGUUUCCCGUUGAGACGGAGUGUAAAAUUGUAUUAAUUGAGUGAUAUGUCGACGCUAAUCGGAAAAAAUUAUAUCCAGAAAAUAUGCAUGAAAUUGAUAAGUUAGUUUUAAAAUUAUUUUUUCGGUCGAAAAACCCUGUUUAAUUGAUCUUUCUAUCCAGCAAUAAAAAAUUUGUAACUGGUUUCAGAGUAAUAAAUGAGACAAAACCUAA